AUCUAGGUUUUGGAGUGUAGUCCACCUCUACCUAUAAGCAUGUCUACAUCCCCAUAUCGAUGUGAUUAGGAUGGAUCCCAAAGUUUUCUAUGAGGACGAGAGAGUAGACCUCUGUAUUAAAACUACUCUAAUGUCAACGAAGAAGUCUACUAUUACAGUAUACAUGCAACAUACUUAUAUUAUAUACAAGGAAAUAAAGGGGGAAAUUUAAUGAAGGGAAGAACAAGUGUAUUGCUCAAAGAAUCCAACAUAAUUAUUAAUUAAUCACAAACCAAACUUAACACGGAUUUUUUAGUGGUUGAAGGUUCGAGAUCGACAAAUCUAUUUUAACAAAAGCGAACCAUCAGAGUUCAUCGUGAACCCCGACAGGUUGGCUCAAAUUAAUAGUAUUAUACAUUAUUAUUUCGUGGUUAAUUGAUAUUAUUACUACCGGUCGUGAUUAUGUUUUCGUAAUCUGAAUGAUCAGAACUUAUCAUAAAACUAGAUGUGUAACCAGCUUAAUCUAUUAGAGCUAUUAGUUUUCUUUAACCAAUUCCCUACCUCUUCUAUGCUCCUAGCUAGUACUCUAUAGCAUUGAAGAUGGAACAACUUGCAUCCGUCUUUUCUCAAUGGGCCGGACUCAUGAAAGCAGACCUGUUCUUCCUUCCUGUCCGGUUAUUGCAUGGCAUGAAAGCUUCGCCCAUGCUAUACUAUUGCGUGAAGCAAAAUCCAAAGAGCCUACAUCGAAUCGGAUCGGCAGGCCCACAAAGUUGGCCCAACAAUCUUAAUUGAGUAGUCCACAGAGCUACGUAACAGAAUAUGAUCACUUGGAUUUGAUAGACUUGACCUGAACGUAAGAAUUCAUGUGGUUCAUGGACAAUCCUGGUCCCUGGUCCACCCAGAAAUUUUCACAAUGGACUGAGUUGAGUGGUUAGGGACUUGAACCAAGUCAAUUGUGACGAGAUAGAAUGUGAAUGCAACAACACGUUGGGAGAAGAGGUAUGACUGUCGCUCACGCUAUAUAAUGGGGAAUGAAGUGGAAGUCUUGUCGUAUGCUAGUUUACUGAAUUGCUUCUCUUAUUACUGAAUCAAUCGAAGGAAAAAACGUAAUGAAUCCAGGAUGUAGAGCUGGAUUUAUAGUACAGACUACAGGUAAGAGUCAAGGAGGGAAAGACCGUUAUGGUCAUAACAACCUUGACCAUAUUACCUUUUACUACCUAUACUUAUUCUAGUUACAAUUAACCUAUCUAACUUUACAAGUGACCUAUAUCAUCUAAUACCCCCCCCCCCCCGGCAAGCUAAACGUGGAUUGACUUCAGGUUUAGCUUGGAAAUGAGGUCAACAAAGGUGUGGACUGGAAGUGCUUUCGUGAAAGGGUCUGCCAGCUGCAAAGUGGUUGAAAUAUGCUGGACCUUUGGCAAGAACCUGAUUACGAGUGAAGUGGCAAUCGACUUCAAUGUGUUUGGUUCUUUCGUGUUGUAUGGGAUUCUCUGUCAUCUUGACUGCAGAUUGACUGUCACAAUAAAUGGUGUAAGGCUGCUGAGGUUGGACUGGAAGCUGCUUGAACAAUGUCGUCAUCCACUGCAAUUCCUGAGCUGUAUCUGCCAAGGCUCUGUAUUCAGCUUCUGUUGAAGAUCUUGAGAUGGUUUGCUGCUUUUUAGAACGCCAGCUGACCAGUGAAUUACCUAAGAAGACACAAAAACCAGUUACUGAGCGUCGUGUGUCAGGGCAACCAGCCCAGUCAGAAUCAGAAAAUGCUGAAAGACGAGUGGAAGAAUUGCUGGGGAAAAAUAAUCCACGAGUUGGGGUUGUUUUCAAGUAUCUGAGCAGUCUGUGUGUGGCCUGUUCAUGGACUGUGGUAGGUGCAUCCACAAACUGGCUAAGCUGAUUCACAGUGUAACAUAUGUCUGGUCGAGUAUUGCAUAAGUACUGUAAUCGAUCUAUCAAUUGCCUGUAACUGCUAUGAGCAGAUUCAUCUAAUAAGGUUCCCUCAGAUGCAGAAAGAUGGGUAGCUGGAAUAGAGGGAGUGGUAGUAGGUUUAGCAGCUAGAAAUCCUGUAUCAGAUAGGAGAUCAAGAGUGUAUUUUCGUUGGCAUAAAUGUAAGCCACUUUCAGACCUUGAAACUUCCAUACCAAGGAAGUAUUUGAGCUUGCCAAGGUCUUUGAUUGUAAAUGCAACAUCAAGUUGCUGUUUAACAUGAUUAAUUUCAGUCAUAUCAUUGCCAGUUAGAAUGAUAUCAUCAACGUAAACUAAUAGAGCUGUAAAAGAUGUGCCAGAAUACUUUGUGAACAGAGAAUAAUCACUGUGUGACUUCUGGUAACCAAGGGAUUCUAAAGUCGUGGCAAGUUUAGCAAACCAUUGACGACUAGCCUGCUUAAGACCAUAUAAAGAUUUGGUAAGCUUGCAGACUUUGUUUUUAUCAGAAGGUGAGACUGGUAAACCUGGUGGUAGUUUCAUAUAGACAUCUUCAUUAAGAUCUCCAUGAAGAAAAGCUGUGUUUACAUCAAGUUGUUCAAGAUGCCAGUUAUAUAUGGAAGCUAAAGCUAACAAAAUGCGAACUGUUGU